AUGGCAGACGCGGCAGGGCUUGCGGCAGAGCUUGCGCGUGAGGGGGCGGCAUCGUCGGUGGUCGAUGUUGUUGUGGCCAUCGCAGAGGCGUGCCACGAUGUCGCAAUUGACCUCCGCACAGACACUGUGAAGGCGGCGCAGGCGAGUAACACCUUCGGCGACGAAGUGCUUUCGGUGGAUGUUAUGGCGGAAAGGCACAUCUCGUCCCGGCUCCGUGGCUGUCGCCAGGUUGUGGCGUUUGUCUCGGAGGAGCAACCGACGCUUACUUGCACACCGCAUGCGGGGCGGGGCCGGUAUACGGUCUCCUAUGACCCCCUGGAUGGCAGCAGCAUCAUCGCGACGAAUUUUUCUGUCGGUUCUAUCUUUGCCGUCUGGCCCGGUGCCACGCCGAUUGGGUUGUAUGUGCGUGACAUGGUGGCGAGUGUUGUGGCAGUGUACGGUCCGCGGACCGUGAUCUUUGUGGCGUUGCGCAAUCUGCCUGUGAUGGAGUUUUAUUGCCAUGGAGACCGCUGGUCCCGUCUGCGCCAUGAAGCCGCGUGCACUCUCAAGGCAAAGGCGACUUUAUUCGCCCCCGGAAAUCUUCGUGCGACGAGGUACUUGCCGUGGUAUAAGGACCUUGUCGCAGCGUACAUGAACGAUGGGGCGACGCUGCGCUACACGGGGGGAAUGGUGGCCGACGUAUGUCAGAUCCUCGUGAAGGGCGACGGAAUUUUCAUGACUCCGGAGAGUCCUCACCAUAAGGUAAAGCUCCGGCUGCUCUUUGAGGCCGCACCAAUGGCGUUUCUUAUGGAGUGCGCCGGUGGUCGAUCAACGACCGGCACGAUGAAUAUGAUGGAUGUGCGUGUGGCGGAAAUGGAGCAGAAAUCACCCGUCGCACUUGGCUGCCGGUGGGACGUGGAACGGUACGAGUCCAUGUGUAGCGCGUACAACAAGCAUGGUAAUAAGAGUUGCAGCAAACUAUGA